AUGGCUAGUCCAGGUCGAUCACCGACGUCUGCGUUCUCCGAGACUCCGUAUCUUGACCCAAGCUUUGAGAAGCAACUCGAAGCGCACACUCUUCGAACGUACGGGGAUGGAGAGGAAUACGUGCGAAUAUAUUCUUUGACAAAAUGGCUGCGCACUACGGCUCCCGAGACCGGGCUAACUCCACUCUUCCGAAUCCUGCAGAACGUGUACAGAGGGCGAGGCAUCAAUUACGACACGGUGAUCAAACCGGAUAAGGAGUGGAAGCGCGUCGAUAUCGUCUUUUGUAUCCUACUGAAGAUUGGGCAACCGCAAUUCGUGACCAAGUUCCAGCACGCUGGUAUCGUAGAUAGGGAGCUCCCAAUGUCACGUGCUGACAUGGUCGACAAGCUGUACAAGCAAAAAGUUGCCGACAUCAAGAAGAUGUCCGACAAUGACAUCAAUAUUCUGGCUGCGGAAUUUUACAAGUUGCAAUGGAUGUUCAAACCCCACGUUUUUUGCAUCGACGACCCCAAUCUGGAUUAUAAAGCGGUCCUACCAAUCCGGAGCAAGCAAGCGCUGGGUCGCGAGACGAAUGGUCGGGCAAAAGAGAAGAAAGGUGGGACCGCACACGUGUACCGUAUCACAGUUUUAGAGGAAUUCGUGGAUAAGGAGAUUAGAGAUAGCCUGCACGAGAGCUGCUACUAUGAUGACACGUCAGAUGAAGAGCUCGGCCCGGUCAAAGUGUGCCAACUUGUCGUCAAGGAAUACACCAACGACUCAGACAAUGCAGAAGCUCUCAGGGCAUGGAACAACGAAAAGGCCAUCUUCGAGCGCUUCAAGGGCAGCAAAGUCAAAGGCGUGGUGAACUAUUUCGGCAGCUUUACCAAGUGGAUUAGGCCGGAGUCAGACACGGGCGACGAGAGCCCAGGUCUUGAGAAGAGUGCUCGUAGAAACCCUGCAAAGGCUAAGCUGUUCAUCCUGCUCGAGUUGGCAGAAUACGACAUGAGCGACUUUCUCAAGAACAAGUCUCGGCUUACGUUACCUGCACAGAUCAAGUCGUUCUGGAUAAACCUUUUUCGGCUCGCCGACGCACUGGCAGAAUUGCACCAGUACUCGGUGAAGUUCGAAGGCAUCACCAUCAAUAACCGUGCCCUGCAUGCUGAUAUCAAGCCCUCAAACAUUGUCAGCGUGCAAGGACGGUGGAAGUUGGCGGACAUGGGCUACGCGCGCAUGAUGGGCACGAAUGAGACGAUCCAAAUAUACGGCUACACCCAUAAUUGGGGAGCCCCUGAAGUUCACCCAGGCCGUGAUUCCCGAAAGCCAGUCAGUACCGCCAUCGACAUGUGGUCUCUUGGGUGUAUUCUCUCUGUCGCCGCUACUUGGCUGGUUCUUGGCGCCGACGAAGUCAAGGUUUAUGAUCAGGUGCGCGUCAACUCUACGAUGCUGCGCAAAGCCAAGCUUCCUGAGAAGCAAAGUCCUGGUAACUACUUCCAUGACGGCAGCGACCCACUCCCAGAGAUUUCGCAGUGGCACAAUUUGUUAAAGGCCUGUUUGUGCAUCGGCGAUUUUAUGACAGCGGACGUAAUUGAUCUGGUCGAGAAGGAGCUGCUCGUUGCUGAUCCCGAGAAGAGGGCAACUGCACAUAAGUUUUCCAGACUGUGCCAGGAUCUGGAGAGGAAGUGGGCAAGCCGUGCUCGAGAGCAUCUUUCCAUUGACCCUGUGAUACUAGCAGCUUUCAAGGAUUACAACGAGCGUAAAACUGAAUACGGCAUGCUCGAUGGCAUAAGCGAGCCAUUCAAUGAUGAAAGGCAUACUUCGCCAGAGGCGAAGAAGAUGGCGGCCCUAGGUAAAGAAAAGGCCAUCCAUAUUAAGAAGGACGAGGCGAACAAAUUUUUCGAGAAUGCAAUCCAGGCGGCGAGCCUGGAAGCCGAGGUGAAUAAAGUCAUUGAAUGCAUCGAGGAGUCAAAGCAAGCAGACGAGGUAGCGCUUCAAGACCGUAAGCCCAGUAAGCUGAGGCUUGACACCGCGGUGGCGACAGAUCUUCAUCUUGGCGCGACCCAAAGCUACCGAGCCGUGAGUCCGGCCUCUUAUCGUCUCUUGCGAUCCGAGAAGAGACGUCCCUUGCAACCAGAGAACGUCUUCCAAGCACGGGCCGCUCAUAGAAGGCAAAAAGACAAGAUGUGGAACGGCAAGCCUGAAUUCGCUUCUAGAGAGGAGAAGCUGAAGCAGAAAUACAAAAACCGAGACAUUAUCUUCUUGCUUGACAACUCCGAGUCCAUGUCCGAGUACUGGGCCGAGGCUCGCGAUCUUCUCAAGGUUCUUCUCAGGAAGUGCCAUAAAUACGACGACGACGGCGUUGAGGUCUUGUUCACCGGGAACGCGGAGGUCAGGCUCUGUGGCAAAAAAGUGGACCAUUUGAUCCACAGCAUCGACAGCGGUCGCUACGACCCACGCAAUUACUCCGUUAACAUAGCGACCAGACUGGAUCAGAUUUUCCGCGAAUAUGAGGAUCCGAAGCGAAGGGCGACGAAGAAAUGGCGACCGUCGUCAGGUGCUUUGACAAAAAAGUCCGACCACAGUCCGAAGCCAGCAACGCUGAUCUUCUUCACAGACGGCAUGUGGAGAGGCUGCGACAAAGUCGACGUUAGCAACACGAUUAAAGAGUUUCUGCAGAGGAUUCAGCCUGAUCUUAAGACUACCGACACGCGCCCCUUCACUAUAGAAUUUGUCCAUUUUGGCGAGGAGGCCGAGGCCGCAUUGUAUUUGGACUACUUGGACGACCGUCUGUGCAACGAGGAUGACGGGAUGCUAGACGUCAUCGACACAGAACCCGCGCGAGAAGACGUUUAUAAGAUGCUGCUCGGCAGCCUGGAUCCAAGGUAUGACAGGCUAGACCAAGGCAUCGCAGACGAUGAAAGUGAGCAAGGAGAAAGCCUUAAGGGGGGCGGCGCUGUCUUCAUUAAUUCGACUGCUUCUCCACUUCCAACUAAGGUACCAGCAGGUAGCAAAAGGAAGCGAGGUUUGUUUAGCCGAUGCCGCGCUGCCAUGGCCAUUUUAUUUGACGGGGACACAUCCCAGGAGAGUGUAUCCAACGCCAACAAGCCCAAUGAGCAGAUGGAGAGAACAUCCACGUCCCAGACUCACGAGCAAGUCUCUGUAGCAUAUCUGCAGGCUGGAGCAGGUUCCAAAAGCAGCGAUGACGCUGUGCAACUGGCACAAUCUAACAUAGAGCAACCGGCAAUUAAAGUGAAUGGCACCGAUCCGAGGGCCACCGAAAGGCCACCAGGAAGCAGCGCAGAGCCCUAGCGACAAACCGGGCGGAAUCUU